AAGCUAUUUUCGUGACCACAUUCUUGUCUUCACAUCAACAGUAUUGCUGGCUCAAAGUGGUCAGCAAGUGUUCUGCCUCAAGACUGAACGUAGUACGGUCACAAAGUCGUGGCUUCACAACCUCAGGCACGAAGUCCACCUUUGCUAUUCGAGUCCGACCACAUCAACACUCUGCCACCUCGAGAAUGGCUCCACCACAAGGCUUCCAUCUUCCUGCAGAGACGGAUCGUCAUGAGUGUACAGUAAUGACGUGGCCGACCCUCCAGUCCGUAUCUGGAGAAGAAUACGACUACCCUGGCGGCGAAGUUACCGCGACUCGACAAGAAAUAGCCAAUAUCGCACGAGCGAUAGCCAAAUAUGAACCUCUGCACAUACUCGUCCGCGAUUCGAAGUCCGGUGAGGGAAAUGGAAAAGAAGAUACCAACCUGCAGUCUAUUCGAGAAGCACUCGGCAAAGCCAAAAAUGUGUCUAUACACGAAUCUCCGAACGUCCAUUCCCUGUGGGCACGAGACGUUGCACCUGUGUUCGUGCGGUCCCAAGCAGGUCCCGUGUCCAUAUCCUGGGGCGAGAAAGACACUCCUGGAGUUGGCUCAGGCAAGAGGAACAAUUCUAGCACAAUUGUCGGCAUGAUCUUGAGCUUCAACCAAUGGGGCAGAAAGAAUGCACAAACUGCAGACUCUUACACUGCGCCAACCGCAGCCGAGAAAAUCAACAAAGCCUACGUCUUAGCACCCUUCAUUGCCGAAGGAGGUGGACUGAUGUGGGACGGCGAAGGCACUAUGCUCGCGACCGAGUCUGCCAUCCUAAAUCCUAAUCGAAAUCCAGGGAUCGACAAAGCGACAAUGGAGUCUUACUUCGCGCAUUGCUUUGGUAUCGAAAAGACGAUCUGGAUCCCUGGUCGACGUGGCUACGAUAUUACAGAUGACCAUAUCGAUGCUCUGGCCCGAUUCGCUGCGCCCGGAGUCGUGCUACUCGGGAGGCCUUUCCACAAAGAUGACGCUUAUGAAAUGGAAAGCUACCUUGCGCUCAAACAAGUUCUAGGCAAAGAGACUGACGCCAAAGGUCGCAAGUUCACGACGAUUGAUGUGCCGGAACCAGAUGUCCAAGCUCUUUUGGGAAAGGACUAUCACCCGGAAUCCGGACCUGUCGCUUCCUAUGUGAAUUUCCACAUUGUCAAUGGAGCUGUCAUCGUUCCGGCUUUCGGACAAGAGCAAAGAGAUGCCGAUGCGGCGAGGCUGAUCGGGGAGCAAUUCCCUGGAAGGAAGGUGGAGCAAGUGAGGUUGUAUCAGUUGCCUAUGCAAGGCGGCGGAAUCCAUUGCGCGACUCAGCAGGUUCCGGCCGAGUAG